AUGGAGGCGAGAAAAGCGUCAAGGACAUUAUGGGAUCGCACGAAGUCGAUCGCCAAAAGGGUCGUACGAUACGAUGACACGGAGGCGAACCGACUGGGUGUCCCGAUGGUCGGUGUGCAAGACUAUAUGGGUGAAAUGGUUGAUCAUCCUUGGGAGAAGGCUGUACAUUACUUGGAUUCUCUUUUCCCAUUUCGCCAUUGGAUUUUGUCAUACAAUCUGACGUGGCUGUUCGGUGAUCUCAUUGCAGGAAUUACAGUUGCUCUGGUUCUUGUGCCACAGUCGAUGUCGUAUGCCAACAUUGCAGGACUUGCUCCGCAGUUUGGUCUGUAUUCUUCAUUUGUCGGUGUCGUUAUUUAUGCCCUGUUCGCUACAUCGAAGGACGUGACAAUCGGUCCGGUGGCUGUCAUGUCGCUCCAGACAGCCACCGUCAUCAAAAAGAUCAAUGAAACCUAUCCUGAUCGCCACUAUGAGGCACAUAUGAUCGCAUCGGCCCUUGCAUUUUUGUGUGGUAUUAUUACUUUGGGUGUUGGUUUGCUGCGUUUGGGAUGGCUCGUUGAGUUUAUCCCUGCGCCGGCCGUUAGUGGUUUCAUGACGGGAUCCGCUCUAACUAUUCUGGUCGGCCAGCUUCCAUCGCUCUUCGGAGAGUCGAAUGUGCCGAGCCAUGGAGCCAUGUAUCUGACCGUGAUAAGAUUCUUCAGGGAAUUGCCGACCACGAAGCUCGAUGCAGCGUUUGGCAUUCCGGCGCUGGUCUUUUUGUACUUUAUCCGUUCGGCAUGCAAUUACAUCGCCAAGCGGUAUCCGAAAUAUGCGCGCGUUGCGUUCUUUGUGUCGGUCCUGCGCAGUGCUUUUGUCAUUAUCGUCCUUACGAUCGCCAGUCGUGUGUGGUUGGGUCCCGAACAAAAGAGCGAUUACCCCAUCACGAUCAUAAACCACGUGCCGCGUGGAUUCAGGAACAUGGGCCAACCUUCCUUGCCGCAGGAUGUAACGUCAGCUAUUGGACCUAACCUGCCGGCCUCCGUCAUUUUGCUUCUGUUGGAGCAUAUCGCUAUAUCCAAGUCAUUUGGUCGUCUGAACAAUUACAAGAUCAAUCCGAACCAAGAACUGAUUGCCAUUGGUGUCACCAAUCUGAUCGGCCCUUGCUUUGGUGGAUACGCAGCUACAGGAUCGUUCUCGCGAUCGGCUGUCAAGUCUAAGUCUGGCGUUCGUACGCCUUUAGCUGGCUGGAUCACGGCCAUUGUCGUGCUCAUUGCUAUUUAUGCACUUUCGGGUGUGUUCUUCUGGAUCCCUAAGGCGGCCCUGUCGGCUGUCAUUAUCCAUGCGGUCGGCGACCUGAUUGCGCCACCAUCGUUGCUAUACAAAUUCUGGCUGAUGAACCCGCUUGAGCUUCUUAUUUGGGUGGCUUCUGUGGUGGUGACGAUUUUUACUAGUGUAGACUAUGGUGUCUACACCUCGGUGGCGGCCUCGGCAGCUCUAUUGCUCAUCCGCAUUGCGCGUCCGCGUGGACACUGGCUAGGUGUCGUGCGCGUGGAGCACAAUGACCCAUCUAUUGCUGGUGGUGCGCAGCAGCGCAAUGUGUUUAUGCCCAUGGAUGUCCAGGAUGGUCUUCGAGACCCUUCUGUGCACGUGGAACCGCCGCCACCUGGAGUGUUUGUGUACCGUGUGGAAGAGUCGUUUACGUACCCGAAUGCUUCGCACAUGGCCGAGGUCAUUACUGACAAGAUCAAGAGGCACACGCGCCCGGGUCGUGCCGCGGUAUCGAAGACGGGUGAUCGCCCAUGGAAUGAUCCGGGCCCACCGAAUGUCCGACUCGUUAGGGCGUUUCGCGCGUGUACGUGGUACUACCACCGACACAAGGACGCACCUGCGCUGCAAGAAGAGCUGGAAGAGCGGAUGCGUAUUGAGAAGGAGGAUCCGCGCCCUUACCUGCAUGCACUGGUGCUUGACUUUGGCUCUGUGGCGAAUGUUGACUCUACAUCGGUGCAGGUGCUGGUGGAUUUGCGUAACGCAUUGGAACGGUACCGUGGCGGUCCGGUGCAGUUCCACUUUGCCCAUAUUCUGAGCCCAUGGAUCCGUCGUGCGCUCCUGGCUGGUGGAUUCGGAACUGGCCGAAUUCAUCGCCAUGUGACGGAAAUUGCAUCUGUCGUCCAACAGGGCGAUGCAAGGGCUGUAGGCGAGCGGCGUUCGCCGUCGCCUGAGAAGCCACCGCUGCCGGAAGCAGGGGAAGAUGACGACUACUUGCACAGGCCCCCGCACGAUGACCUUGAGUCGCAAGUGCCUGCACAGGUCACGGCCGAAAUGGACAAACUCGACUUUGAAAUUCGCCACUUGGACGCCAUGUAUGCGCAAGAGUCGAAGCAAGAGUCGAGUAUGUCCUCUCCCAGUAUUACAGUGCCGAUUAUGUGGAAUAAUGAGCUGACGCCCUACUUCCAUCUUGACCUGGCUGCCGCAGUCUCGGCAGCGACAGACAGCUUGUCGCCUUUGCAAGAGCCAUCGGCUGCUUAA